AUGGCACCUAAUGCGUACAUUCAGGAUACCGUCGAGAUGCGAAGAAGUUGCUUUGAUAGAGAUUCAGAUGAACAGAAUGCUCUAGAGAUGAACUCCCUUUACAUACACUCCGGUACAAAUAUCUACUAUGUAUAUAUCUAUAUCGAAGCUUGGCCACGGUUGACUUCUGGUAUCAAUCGGUUAAUUCUCGACAAAUCGGAACCUACGAGUGUAUUGUGUCAAGCAUUUCUGUGGGCCAGCAGGCGGUUAUUCUCUCCGCAUUGGUUGCAUCGCAUCGCUCGUAUUGAUAUGCAAGAAUGA